GUUACUGAUACAGUGAUAAGCGAGUCGGCGAGUUGUUCUUUCUGGAUUUUGAUUUUGACCUAGGCUACAGACAGGGCCUUGUCAUGAUUUCGUUGGCUAGCAGUAAAGGGAAGGUUGGCAUUAGUUUCAGGAUGAAGAGUUUUCCAGAUGUUACGAGUUUCCUCGUUGGAAAAUCCUCAGUGCAGAUGUUGAUGAAUGCAUGGUCGGAACUCAUGACUGUGUGGAAACUGGGAGCUUAUGCAACAACACCAUAGGAUCAUUUGAGUGCUACUGUGACUCCAGAUAUGAAACAGGAGUGGAUGGUCACGACUGCAUUGAAAUUGACGAAUGCACUGAUGGCUUGCAUGAUUGCGAUGCCGUCGCCACCUGCAACAACACUAUUGGAUCCUUUACUUGCACAUGCAACUCGGGCUACAGUGGAACCGGGAAAAGUGGCCAAUGUACAGAUGAUGACGAGUGCAGCCUGAACACCCACGACUGUCAUUCCGAUGCCAUCUGCACCAACACAGUGGGCUCCUUUACCUGUGCUUGUGGCUCUGGCUUCACUGGAGACGGUCAAAGCAGCGGGUCUGGAUGCACAGAUGAUGAUGAAUGCACAUUGGGAACAGAUAACUGCCUAGACACAUCCAGUAACGGUCGCUGUGUUAACGCACCAGGUUCCUUCAGCUGUCAGUGUGAGACUGGCUACUCUGGGGAUGGAGUUACCUCCUGUUCAGAUUUUGAUGAGUGUUCCGGUUCCAAUAGUUGUCAUCCAAGCCGUGCCACCUGUGCCAACACCGUAGGCAGUUACACCUGUACUUGCAAGACGGGAUUCACAGGGGACGGUUCCACGUGUGCUGAUGAAAACGAGUGUUCAUUGGGCAGCCAUAAUUGCCUGACAACUCUCGGCCAGUGUUCCAAUAACAUCGGCUCCUUCAGCUGUGGUUGCAUCAGUGGCUACUCAGGAGAUGGCCUAACCACCUGCACAGAUGUGGACGAGUGCUUCACUGCCAAUGACUGCAACCCACUGGCAACCUGCAACAACACCAUUGGCAGCUACACUUGUACCUGCACAGCUGGUUACCAGGGCAGCGGCAAGGUUUGCACAGAUAUUAAUGAAUGUGUAAUUGGCACACACGACUGUCUGUCGUCCAAUGCAUUCUGUAUCAAUAGCGUUGGUUCCUGGGAUUGUUACUGUGACGUCGGCUUUACUGGUGAUGGGGUUACAAGUUGCAUAGAUGAUGAUGAAUGUGCAAAUAACACCCACAGCUGUCACCCAACAUUGGGUGUAUGCACCAACACAGCUGGCUCCUAUGUGUGCUCCUGCCAGAACGGCUAUGCAGGCAACGGCCGAGCCUGCGUGGAAAUUGAUGAGUGCCUCGGGGUGACGUGCACUGACCGUGGUACUUGCAUGGAUAAUGUCGGCUACUACGAAUGCAACUGUGACUGGAGUUUCUGGGGAACAGACUGCGAAUUAGAGUCCAAGUAUGCUGACUCCAUGCCACAGUACCCAGGCUCCCUCUGGUGGACGUUCAACGAGUUUAACACCACCGGCGACGAUAAGUACGCCAAUCAGGAUGUCAACGCCACAGAAUUCAACGCCUACCCAGGCCUGGCCAUUCAACACGACUACGGCAUCUCCAACUACUCCAUCCGGACCCGGCUGAAUGGCACCGACGACUGCCUGAACUUUGGUGACUUUGUGGGCCACUGCAUCAGCGAGCCAGCCCUGUGCACGGAUGGGCUGACAGUGUCCCUGUGGAUUCGGCUGACAGAGGACGAGGUGAAUGAAGCGGGACCUGUCUACAUACUCAGCUCAGGUCCUCCGGAUUCCAUCGGUUUCAGCAUCUACCGAGACACCAGGAAGAUCGGCUUUGUACUGAAUGAAGGAACGACGCAGUGGACGGCGGAGGUCACUGACGCUGUACCUGCCAACUUGUGGAAGAAUGUGGCAUUUGCUUGGAGUGCCUCCACAGGCAUGUCGGUCUUUAUCGAUGCCGUGAGGCAGGUAGACGUGGAAGACGGGACCAACAACCCUCUGGCUCCGGUUGUCAGCUACCUCACCCUAGGUUGCCGGUACAACGGAGCCGAAAACACAGGCCACUCCUCGGGGCUGUUUGACGAACUGGCCAUCUGGAUGGGCAGGUUUAAUGACUCUCACCAGCUGCCUUGGUUGAUGGGAGGCUGGGACAAAGAUGACUGUGUGACAGAGCCAUGUGAACACGGCCAAUGCUUUGACACUGGCAUAGCAUCCUACAGAUGUGAAUGUGACCCUGGUUACAACGGUACCAACUGUGAAAUCGAAAUUGAUGAGUGUGAGUCCAACCCAUGCCAGCAAGGCGGGACAUGUACAGAUUUCAUUGCCUAUUACCAUUGCGACUGCGUCUUUGGAUAUACCGGUCACAGCUGCCAUCUGGAUUUGUCACCCAACUACGACUACUCCAAUGUGGUGAAUCUCUUUUCAAGAUUUUUAGUCAUAGAUGAAAUCCUUGGCCUUGAGGCAGUUCAGGUCCAUCCAUUCCACCUUCUAGCUACCAACUAUUGGCCCCUGAAUGACCCCUCCUCCAUCCAGAUAGCUGGCAGCAACUACUCAGCCGUCCUGGGCCGGGAUGGCACAGGCCUGUACCCCCUCCUGGGAUCCAGUAACUCACGGAUCCAGCUGGCCAAUCUGACUGGUCACUGCCUGAGCGAGCCCCAGUACUGCACGGACGGCCUCUCGCUGGCCGUGUGGGUGAAGUUGUACACGAUGAGCGCAGGGGAAGAUGGGAUCAUACUGAGCACAGCAUCGAUUGAGAGUAAUGGACGGGUGGGCGUGUCCAUCGUUCUGAAGGCAAACGAUGACUUGGAGUUCAGAGUUGCUGAUGGGGUAAACAGAGCCUGGGUCCUCCUGAUCAGCUCAGCCGAUGUUGUCUUCAACAGCUGGUGUCAACUGGCCAUUACCUGGCACCCGGACAUCGGCCUCACAGCUUACAUGAACGGGAUCAAGGUUACCAACGCACAACGAAGCAGGGAACCAGCGGGAGACACUAACCUGAGCAACCUGUUGAUGAUUGGGUCACGUUACGUCAAUGUGACCUCGACAGCAUAUCCCAUGAGCGUGAGUGAUGUCGUGUUUUGGGACCGUCACCUCCGAGACUGGGAAUCCAACCGUUUCCUGGGUUUUACACGCCGGGAACAGGAGAUUGCUAGCUUUGCUGACUAUUACUGGGGUGUUGACGGCUAUGCGCGACGAGACGAGUCCAUCCUUUCCCGUUACCAGGAGCCCUACGUCAGUCAGUUCAAGGAGUUGACCAAAGCAGGGGAGGGAGACGUGGUGUUAGCCCCUAGUUGGGAUUCCAAGGGGAACUCUCUCCUUGUGUACGGGGAUGGCAGUGGCUGGCUGCUGCUAGACGACUUUGCCGGGCAGUGCCUCAGUGAUGUUAGCCUCUGCAAGGACGGCCUGUCUGUGUCCCUGUGGGUGCAACUGGUCCAAGUCCAGGACAACGACACCCACUUCCUAAUCUCCUCAGGGGAGCAGGUCACGCGGGGCUUCUCUAUCUAUCAGCGGGAUGUGGACAGGCUAGGGGCUGCGGUGACAGAUGGCAGGGUGAGAUGGGUGGUGGAGAUAGAACACACCCCCUACAUGAAAGACGAAGCCACCGUGUACAAUGUUCACUCCAACACCAACUACACGGAAUUCACCAGCCCCUGGAUUAACCUGGGCAUCACCUGGACCAAGAAAGGCGGCCUGGCCAUGUUCAAGGAUGGCCGUCUGGUUGCCAUCGAUCCCACCGGUUACCGCAAAUACAGGAACUCGGACGGCGAGACCCUGCUCAUCCUGGGCCGGCGCAACGACUUCCUGGACAACGCCGCCAACUUCACAUUUGAGGAGGUUGCGAUUGUGGAGAGGCCAAUGGAGACGUUUGAGUAUCGGACCGGCCUGGCUAUGAUUGAAAAUAUACAUUACUCUGAUGUGCAGUACUUCUGGAAUCCCAGUGAUUUGGUGGCCAAUACCUUCAAAGUUCUGUGGGAACAUACCUACAAUGACACCACUGAGCCAAUCAGAGCUUCGCGUGCUGUCACCAUGCCUGAUGCCAAUACAGUGCGUCUCACAGACGAUGAUGCAUACAUCAUACUGGGUGACUUCCGAGACAACUUUGUCAGUGACCCCACACUGAGCCCCAGAGGAAUGAGCGUUGCAUUGUGGGUCAAGCUGUCCAUUGACACAGCAGCUAACACAAUCCGAAAAUACAUCAUCAGUUCUGGAUCCCAAGCCAUGUCCACUGGCAUCGCCGUCUACACCAUCGCCGACGAACUGACCUUUCUCAUCAGCACCAAUGAAACCACAUGGGAGACAAAGUACUCCACCGGUGUCAUACCACAGGACACCUGGACCAAUCUAGCCUUCACCUGGCACCACCUUGAACCCUUCAUCCUUUACAUUGAUGGCCGCCGUGUCUCUCCAACAUCGUCAGUGUCCACAUCAGCAAAUAUCAACCAGACCUGUCCCUUGCUAGCCCUGGGAAGGAGGAAUGACAUUGAGGACGGCUUUGGCAAUUUCAAAAUCCACUCUCUGAUUAUCUGGGACAAGUACAUCUACAAGAAGAACGUCCACAAACUCCUGGGUGUAUCUGAUACUGAAAUGUACUACCUCCACCAGGCUGACUACUACUGGUCCCUGGAUCCACCUUUGACCCUGGUCAGCUCCCUGUCUGCCACCUCCUCGUCCGGCACUGCCUAUGUGGAUGACCGUCACCGCUUCGCUCGCAGCCUCUACACAGACGGCCAGAAGGGCUGGGCCAGGCUAGGUGACCUGAGCAGUGAUUGUCUGGCUGACCCGUCCACCUGCGCCAAUGGCUUUGCCCUAGCCCUGUGGAUGAAGUUCAGCGACAUUCCCGCACGUCGAGAGCGCUGCUUGUUCACCAGUGGUGCUGAUCUGCCAAAUGAGAAGGGCAUUGUUUUUCGCCAGACCCCAGACGAUCUUCAAUUCCAGGUCAGCGAUGGCAGUAACAGCUGGUACCUGACUCUCUCUGAGGACCUUUACACAUUCAACGAGUGGCAGUAUGUUGCCAUGGUUUGGUCACCGGCCACAGGCCUGGCCAUCCAUGUCAAUGGCAAGAACAUUGCAUCAAAGACCGAACCCACCGGGGACAGACGCUCAUCUGCUAGCUACUCAGACUUCACCCUCGGCAAAUGUGCUGACAACACAAACUAUGCCCAGGCGCAGUACGAUGACAUCAUCCUGAUGCUGCCCUCUGUAGGACAGUCUUUGCCAACUGCCGAACAACUACAUGGGGAUCCCAUAUGCCAUGGCUUCCUAUCUUCAGACCUGUAUUUCAACCUAACAUCUACCUCGAGCGGGGUAGUCACAACCAACACUCAGCCCUCAGUCCGUGGGGAAGGGGAUGGGAGUACCAGGGCCAUCUCCACCCAUCCAGGCAAUGGUUAUGUAGACAUUGGUGACUUUAGCGGUCAUUGCUUGAGCAGUCCAUCCAUGUGUUCAUCAGGUGUGACACUCUCUGUCAUGGUCAAGCUGAUUGACAUGGAUAACCUCUUGGACUCUACCACCAACCCAGACGGAGUUGGCUACAUCCUCAGCUCGGGUGCCCAAACUGAUCUCUCCACGGGCUUUGCCAUCUACGCUGACAACACAACCAUCACCUUUGAGGCCGAUGAUGGCCUCCAGCAGUGGCGGUCUCAGGUGGACUACAGCCUGUCUGAGAACUGGACCAGCAUUGCCAUGUCUUGGGACUCUGUGUAUGGUAUCACGACAUUCAUCGAUGGAGAGUCCCAGAUGGAAAUAGUAGCUGCACCGCCUACUGUGGUUGUCCCUGUAAGUUCCAAUGACACCGCCAACACCACUGGCCCCACCCCUAGUGUGGCCCCGCCCACUCCCCGGCCCGAUUCCCACACCAGCCUCCAUCUGGGCAAAAGGAAUGAUGAGGGCACAGGCUACCUGCGGGCUGAGUUUGCUGACUUGGCCGUGUGGUUCUAUCGUAUGGACGCUGAGGAUCCCAAUGUUGGUCGAAGGGUCACGGGUCGGGAAUGCCCAGAGAUAGUUGUGACAACCAAUCAUGCUGAGCUGGAUAGAUACUCAGUGUGGACAGGAACCAUUGAAUGCGAUGCUACUCACAAAGUGGACUGUAUCAAUGACUUAGAUGAGCUGUUUGAAGUGAUUUACCAGGAGGACGGAAUCAGUGACUACCUGUAUGCUAGGGUCAUCCAGCUGCUGAAGAACUACACAGCAACAGAGAAGUACUUGACCAAGGACGAGAUAGAGAUGAUGGCGUUCAUGGUUGAUAAGGUGAUCCAUCGGGAGCUGCCUCCAGCGAUGAAUGUCAGCGAUGCACAGGUGGAUCUAGAGAACAUCUUAGAGUUGUCAAGUAAUCUUCUGUCCGUGGAUAGAAAGCGACGCUGGAUCAGCAUUCAGCAGAGUCAGGGUGGUGUCACAAAGAUGAUGAAAGACCUCGAGAACUACAGCAUGAAGAUGGCUGAUCUGCUGGUCACACCUGAUGGCCAACCUAACGAUGAUGUCACCAUGACUGUAGUAUCCAGUAACAUUGUGCUUCACAUCGAGCGGUUUGACAUUGGUGCUUUGGACCCAGACAACGGCCUGCUGUUUCCUCAGUAUUCAGAUCCUGAUCUCCAGCCUAUUAACCAAUCCUGGAAUCAGCCCUCUGACACCAUCCAACUGCCCAAGAACUUCUUUGAUUUCACAACGGAGAAGACUGGAGGUGGCACAUUAGUGGGCCUGGUCUUCAACAGUAUCACUGAAUUUAUGCCUGUGGAAACAACAGAGCCAGAUCUACGAGAAAAUGCAGAAACCAGAGUCAUAAAGCUGACCAGUCGUGUAAUGUCACUGACUGUGGAACCCCCCCUUAGGAAGAACCUGUACAAUCCUGUUGAAAUCACAUUGAGCAACGUCAAGGCAAGGGAGAAUAACAUGGAGCCCAUCUGUGCUUUCUGGGACUUUGACAUGGAAAACACAAUCAAUGGAGGCUGGAGCACCGAUGGUUGUCAAGUCCAUUCCAGCAAUAUCACACAUACGGUGUGUUAUUGCUAUCAUCUGACUAACUUUGGAACGCUCAUGAAGCCCAUUGAGGUUGAGGUGAUCAGUCAAGACGUGAUCAAUCUGGAGUACAUCUCCUGGGCAGGUAACGGUCUGUCCAUGCUGGCUCUCUUGUCUCUGCUUCUCAUCUUUGUCUGUGUCAGUAAACUGCGCACCAUUGUCAAUGCAAUCCACAUCAACUUGAUCAUAGCUAUGAUGCUGGCCAAGACAACGUACCUCAUUAUACCAAUCGUUAAGGACGAUCAGACUGCCUGUACCUGCAUGGCUGUGGUCCUGCAGUAUUUCUACACGGCGACCUUCUCCUGGAUGCUAGUUGAGGGCAUCCAUCUGUUGGUGGAAGUCAGGAACCCAGUCGGCAAUUACUUCAGGCAGAAGUCUCGCUACUACCUGCUGAUUGGCUGGGGUAUGCCAGUAAUGAUCGUUGGCACUACCCUCGCUAUUGCUUUUGAAGGAUAUGGAACAGAGGACAGCUGUUGGAUGUCGAUUGAGAAUGGUGCCGUGUGGUUGUUUGUUGGGCCUUGCAUCGUCAUCAUUCUGCUCAACCUGUGCAUUCUUUACAUCGUGUGGAAAAGCACCAUCAAUUCCACAGAAAGAAUUGGCAAAGUGCAACUACAGCGUUCCAGCCUGCGUGCCUCAGCUCUCCUGCUACCAUUCCUGGGCUGUUCCUGGGUCUUUGCCAUUCUUCACAUCAACUACAAUUACAUCAUCCUGGCCUAUUUCUUUACCAUCCUCAAUUCACUCCAGGGUGUCUUCAUAUUCCUCUUCCAUGGUCUUGGUAACAAGGAGGUUCGUUGGGCCGUCUUGAAGAAGGAUGCUGAGGUUGGAUUUUCAAAAGUUGAGGAGGUCUCAAUUACACCUAAUACUAUGAAGAUGAGACCUAUGUACAUGAGAGCCCCAAGACCACCUCCAACCUAUGUCCCUUGAUGCCAUGACGGGGAACCACCAACAGACUGAAGAAGAUGUGUUUAUUGUUUGAAAAGCGUAUCAAUUUUGAAUGGCGAAACUAUAACAUUAAUCAGUGUUUCUAUUGAAGUUAUUUAUCAAACGGUGUGUCAUUUAAUUGGUCAUAACAGUUCUUGACUUUCAUCUCAGACAAAAAUCUAGCACCAACUAUAGUUAACUAUAGUUUGAUCAAUAUUGCCCAAAUGAUAGAUAAUGUGGACCAUCUAGUCCACCAUUUGCAAUCAUGGUCACUCUGCUGGCUAUCGAUAGCCGAUUUUGUUUAUUAGUAUGGAGGCAACCAUUAACAUAAAACUAAUUGUAUGAGAUGUCAUUAAACAUGAAUGCUAAGAGAGUUGAAACCAGUGGCAUAAUAUGAGUGACAGAGGGAUCUUAAUCAGGGCAGUCUGAGGGUAGCUUUAUUGCCCGUGCCAAUGGUUAGAAAGCAUUUGACUAGUGGUCGAGCUAUAGUUCACAUCUUCCCUCAUUUGGACAUUUAAAAGUGGUUAACUAUUUCACCAGUGUCGGAAAUGGCAUUACAUUGUACUUUGUAGCCCGAGUGAGCCACUGUACACACUGAACUACUGUGUGUUAGACAUGAGAUGUAGAGAUACUUCAUAAGGCAUGCCUAACACAUCUUAUGUUCCCCCAUGACUGAACUGAUGUAUGUUACCAAGUCAUUUUUUCAAGGCACAAGUCAUUUUUUCUAAAGUAAGCCACAGGUCAUGUUGUUUUCAACCCCCAUUCACAUUUACAUAUUCUGACACCUUUUUUAUUGAUGUGAUCUAUAAUGCUUUGCAAAAGAGCUCUGACCUGUUUGCCAUCAUGAUGAUGUUUCCAUAAAAAACGUUGAUUCACAUUGAUUUUAAAAACUUGGAACGUAACCUGUCGAGGAGAAUAAAACUUCUGUAUUGCCAAGAUGGAUUUUUAAAAAAUGCUGUAGGUAUUGAUUGACACACUUUUCCAAUUUACAUUUUUCAUGAACUGUACUGAUUUGUAGACACUAAUAUCUUAAUAGCUAUGCUAAACCCAGCAAGACUGUUUCUGGUUUACUCUGCACCAUCUUAGUUAGGGUUGAUAGAAAUGAAAGCAAUAUUCACAAAAGGUAUGUUGUCAUCAUUUUACAAUGAGUCUUACGGACACUUCUUGGAUUUCAAAUAGUCAUGGGAUCAACUAGAAUGCUUGUAAUUUAUGUGCAAAGAUAGUAACAAAAACAAAUUCUCCAUGUGAUAUCUUUUGUAGUAAUAGUAGGUCAGAUUAUGUAUUUUGAAGAGAAUUGAUGUGAAUACUGUGGAUUAGCUUUCAUAAAUGUUUAAGAAAGAUUUCAGGGAUUGCUUCAGUGGUUGAAUUCUGACUUGGCCGUUUUCACUGAUCAAAAAGGCAGUAAUAACGAUGCUGAGAAAUGAAUUUUAGAUUAUAGAGAUUACCCAGCUGCCAAGCCAUGCAUCCUUAAUCAAAGGAGGGAGUUAUGACUUUAUCUAACAGCACGUUAUAAAUGAAUUAGUCACAUUAUAGGAGGCUUGUGGUUAGGGUUUGUAAUAGAUGUGAGUUUGGGAGAGUCACUUUACACCCACUUGCCUCUCUCCACCCAGGAUUACAAAUGGGUGUUUGUGAAAGCAGACAGGUUGAUUGGUUAGCCAUGUGCACCUGAUAUAGAAGCAUCAAACUGUAUACUCUCCAAGGAGCUGAGAUUGUUUUUAGGAAUGUUUGUGGUCCAGUUAGCAUGGAUAAUAAGAAGCAAAGAGAGAGAAAAUGGAGAACUUCACUGUGAAUACACAUAAAAUGUUGUAAUCUCAUAAGCGCCAUUUAGGUUGGACUACGCCUGCGUAGUACAUGUUAGUGCGACAGGCGUAGGUGCUGUGACAGGCACACACACCUAGUAUGCCUGCGCUAGCACCUGUGCAUUAAUAUGCACACUCGAAUGGCACCCAUGGUGAUAACACCUUUUUGGUAGAGUUCUCCAUCUUGUGUCGCUAUGCAGCGCUAUACUAUCUUUGGUAAGAAGUGCAUUGUAUCUCCUGGUCAAUUACAUUGCCAUUUUUUUCCAGAGUAAGUGUGCAUAUUACUAUGCCACCACUAGACUUUGAAUACAUUGCAGUGUGUGUGUGUAUUCGUUGCAUUAUGAGAC